AUUACAUUUUACGAUAUAUUCAUAUUCACAUAGUUUAAGUUGUAAUGAUGUUUCACAAUAAUACUGUAUUUACUGUGUUUUUGAGGAAAUAAACCCCAGGGUCAUUGAUUUGCCAUGUGUGACGUGUUUCCCGCAGCAUCUCCCGGAUCUAACAUUCCUCACCGCUGCAACAGCACCAAACAUCGCAUCAUCUCACCCAAACUGCCCACCCCUCACCCCGCCCUCAGCGAGCUGCAGAAUCUGGCCAAUGAGUGCUCAGGAGCGGAGGCGGGGCUGGAGGUAGGCCCGGGCGAUGCUUUAGUCGCUGUCAUACCUUCAGAGAGGAAGCAGUUCUCUGGUGCGCCAGAAGAUGGUGGGCGGGUCGAGGACACUGGGGGUGGGGCUUCACCGUGCUCCGCCUCUUCAUCGUCCUCCUCGAGUCCGCCCCAAACGCAGCGGGCGGCGACAAUCGCUCUUAGCAACGGAAACGGAUUCUACGGUGAUCAACGGGGCGGAUUGGCAGCGGUGGCGCUGCCGCAGAAUGCACUCAUCGUCAUGACGACGGCAGCACCGGUGGGGCGUGGCUGUGGGGAGGAGCCAAAGGGCGAGAUAGGCUCCACCCGACUGUCGCUCACCCGCGCCGGCGGGCGGCUUGUUCUAUCUCCUGUGCCGCCCAAACAGGACAUGCCCUCCCCGCCAAGCUCCGCCUCCCCUCCGAGCCCUGCCCCACCCAAUCAGGGCGUGGCCACGCUGUCACUUACUCUCCUGCCCAGCCCUGUGAUAGGAGGACUGCUGCUGACCGACCGCAUUGUCCCAGACACCUCCGGGAUGCUCCUGCACCCAAACCCGACGUCUCCCUCGCCCUCGCUGCUCCCGUUUGACCCCGAUUCCUUUCUCAACUGCCCCAAACAGGGGCAGACCUACGGAGGCCCCGCCCUCACACCCCACUCCGCCUCCUCUUCCCCGUCUCCGCCUCUUUCUACAUCUCCUCAGCCCCCGUCUCUCACUCUGUCUGUUUCUCCCACGUCUCCGCCGUCGUCUCUAUCCUCCCUCUCUUCUGAGACGGAAAGGAAGAGUAUUCCGGGUCGUCCCUCCUCCAGUCCAGUCUCCCUGUCUCUUUCGCUCUCUCCGACGCAAACGACUCGCGCGCUGCUCCCGUUGUGUCUGGAGUCGUCAUUAGGACUCGAUUCGUUGAGUCCCCCACUGUCUGUCCCUCCCUCCGACAACAGAGCUCCUCCCACCGGAUUCAACGCUGAAUCCCCGCCUGGUCAUCUACUGACCAAUCAGGUCAACAGGACGACCCAGAUAACACCCUCCCUCGAAGUGCUGCCGACCAGUCAUCUGCCUCCAGAGGGAGAAAAGGCUGAGUCACAGCACCCUUGUCCUCUAGAAACGCACCCCAUGUGCAUUCAACCACCGAAUCUGACCCCGCCCCCGGCCACGCCCCCAAGCGUGAGUCCCGUUCAAGUGAAGGAGGAGCAGUCUCCGCCCACUCAUGCACAUUUCGAAUCAGACGUCACGCCCAUGGACACCACCCACUGUGACCAUAUCGACGGCGAGGCGGCGGGGCUGACGUUUGACUCCGCCUUCCCCGACCUCAUAUCUGAGCUCAUCACAGAGGAGCCCGUCAGCCACCCGCCCACCCUGGCUCCGCCCGUUUACCCCGUCAGGUACAUGGUUCCGCCUCAGCCGACACCGUCCACCUCGUUCCUGCCCUUCCUGCUCCUUACAAACGGCUCACCGGAACAAACCCAGCGGCUGGCCAACAUCACGGACUUCUCACCCGAGUGGUCGUACCCGGAGGGCGGAGUGAAGGUGUUGAUCACAGGCCCGUGGUCAGAGACAGACAGCCGAUACUCGUGUGUCUUUGACCAGAGCAGAGUUCCUGCUUCUCUCAUUCAGCCGGGAGUCCUGCGCUGUUACUGUCCUGCUCAUGAAGCUGGACUCAUCGCUCUGCACGUGUUGAAGGACUCCAGCGCCGUCUCCUCCUCAGUGCUGUUUGAGUAUCGCGCUCGCAACGCCUCGUCCUUACCGAGCUCACAGCUGGACUGGUUAUCUCUGGAUGAUAACCAGUUCAGGAUGUCGAUUCUGGAGCGUUUGGAGCAGAUGGAGCGGCGAAUGGCAGAAAUGUCAAAUAACAGUCAGCAGAAUCACAUGAUUCACUAUCAUCAGCAUCUGUCGAGGAACCAGAGCUCCGCUCCGCGCUUGACUCCUGAGAACCAGUCGGGGCUGUGGUUCGAGCGCAGGAUCGUGGCCGUGUGCGAGCGGAUGAUGGCCGGCGGUCGCUGGGAACGAGGCGGUGAGACGGACAGACUCACACACUCCAUCAGACACCGAGGGAUGACGCUACUGCACCUUGCCGCCGCUCAGGGAUACACACAGCUCAUACACACACUCAUACGCUGGAGGGGUAUCAGUGUGAAUAGUUUGGAUCUGGAACAGGAAGUGGAUCCUCUGAAUGUUGAUCAUUUCUCCUGCACACCUCUGAUGUGGGCGUGUGCUCUGGGUCAUCAGGCCGCAGCUGUGUUGUUGUACCGCUGGAGCAGCGCGGCUCUGGGAAUCCCGGACUCUCUGGGUCGUCUGCCUCUGGCUGUGGCACAUUCCCGUGGACACACACGUCUAGCGCGCUGUCUGGAGGAGUUACACACACACUCUCAGACGCAGGAACACACACCGGACACACCCUCACCUCCGUACCGACCCCUGUCUCCACUGUCCUGCAGCCCUGACACAGGUCUGAGCUCGUCCAGCAGUGUCCCCUCCCCCAGUGACCCGCCCUCUCCCUCCCCAAGCUCCGCCUACUCCAGUGGCUCUGUUCCUGACCCCAUGGACUCCGCCUCUUCCCCCUCCUCCCCAUUCUCAGCCCCGCCUCCAGCCGGUUCCACCGACUCGCUCUUCCUGAUGGACUGUGAGGCCUCGAGCCCCUCCCUGCCUCUUCACUCGGAGCUCGCCGACGAGCUGCUCAACUACAGCGAGAACGAGGACUACUUGUCUGACGAGGUCCUACAGGUUGACAUGGCAACGCUGGCCGAGCAGAUCAUCGAGGCCACUCCUGAGCGAAUCAAACAGGAGGAGUUUAACCGGGAGGCGGAGUCACCACUGCGAGAGAGGCGGGACAAUCCUGCCAUUCAUGACACCAUGCCGUGGCUCGCCACAUACCUCGACACCAUCGACAGGAGUCGGUGCCCCACCCCUCCCUCGCUCCUCAGUGAUUUGGCACUGCAGAGGCUCCGCCCCCCGAGCAGUGUGGCGUGGGCGGAGUUUCUGAACGCCUCAGCCAAUGGAAGGAUGGAGAGAGACUUCGCUCUGCUGACGCUGACAGACACGGAGCAGAGAGAGCUGUAUGAAGCUGCGCGCAUCAUCCAGAAUGCCUUCCGCAGAUACAAGGGGCGGAGGCUAAAGGAGCAGCAGGACAUGGCUGCAGCUGUAAUACAGCGCUGUUACCGCAAAUACAAACAGCUAACAUGGAUAGCACUUAAGUACGCCUUGUAUAAGAAGAUGACGCAGGCAGCCAUACUGAUUCAGAGUAAGUUCCGCAGUUAUUACGAGCAGAAGAAGUUCCAGCAGUCGCGGCGAGCAGCCGUCCUCAUCCAGCAGUACUACCGCAGCUAUAAAGAGUAUGAGCGCAUCAAGCAGGGGCCACGCGGCCCCGGGGCCCUCAACACCAUGCUCAAAGGCUCGUUCCUGACCAAGAAACAGGAUCAGGCCGCGCGGAAGAUCAUGCGCUUCCUCAGACGCUGCAGGCACAGGAUUAAGGAGCUGAAACAGAGUAAAGAGCUGGAGCGCAAAUGACUGACCACCUGACCUCACACGCACACACAUGCGCGCACACACACACACACACACACACUCGCUCACUCACGCACUCACGCACACG